CCGCUGCUGACAACUUGCUACUCUCAGUUUCUCAUCUGUCAUUAGAUCUUUAUUUUAGGACCAUGUCUCUCCGUGUGUUAGAAAUAAUCUUUUUCUUCUAUUUCGCCUCUCACAUUCCAAUCACAUUAUUCAUUGACCUACAGGCGCUGCUGCCGGGACAUGUGUAUCCACAGCCGUUGAAGGAUCUGCUCAGGUGGUAUGCAGAGGAGUUCAGGGACCCCAUGGUGCUGGACCCUCCAGAGUGGUUCAGAUCUUUCAUUUUCUGCGAGGCUUUGUUUCAGACGCCUUUCUUUCCUGUGGCAGCCUAUGCUUUCCUCAAAGGUGGCUGCACCUGGAUCAGGACUCCUGCCAUUAUUUAUUCCACACAUGUGGCCACCACACUGGUCCCAAUCCUAGCUCACAUCCUCUUCUAUCAGUUCCCUGUGAAACCUCACCCUGGGCCCCAGAGCCUGCAGGAGCGCUGGCUGCUGGUCUCCAUUUAUCUCCCGUACCUGCUGGUGCCUGUGCUGCUGCUCCUCACCAUGCUGCUGUCCUCAGCAUAUAACCUCAGCACCAAGUCUGGACACAGGCAACACAAACCCAAGAAAAAUUGACUCACAACUACAGACAUUUACAUUAUAUACAGUGAUUUUAGGAAGUCUUUUUCUACAUUUCUGAAUGUACCAUUUGCGUGGGGGUUAGACUGUAUUACACUGUUAUUAGAAGGAAAUUGCAAUUUGUAAAGCUGCCAGAAUGAGCAUUUUAAAUGUUAUUCUUGAUGAAUGCGUUUUCAAUCUUUAUCAAAACCAAAGUUACAUUCACAUAUUUAUAAAGGACUUAGUAGGAAAUUAGUGUAAACCUAGGGAUGAUAAUUAAUUGAAGAUCGACUAAUUGGUCAUUAAGAAUUUAAUCAAACAUGUGACAUUUAAUCGAUUAAUCACUAGGCUAUGAAAUUCUGUCAAAAUAUAUGCAAUGUGUUGCUGUAGGCUUUGACUGUUUUUAAAAGUUUUUAUGCUUUUCUCAAAUAAAAAUUGAUUAAUCGAUCGUUAAUUCCACCAACUGAUCAGUUAAGGAGAGUGCUUACAAUUUGCAACCCUAGGCAAACCUGUUAUUUCCCUAAUAAGUGUUUAGGCAGAGUUCAUGUGUCUGUACACGCUGUCACUGGAUCUGACCUGAGAACUGUCGUGUUUUUCCCCUGAGCACAGCUGUAAAGUCCAUUUAUUUAUUGGUUAAUUAAAUAAUAAGGAAAAAGAUCAUAUAACUGUUAAAUUCAGUUUCUACAUCUUAAAAUAUAAACAAGUUAAGUAAAAUCUGUGAGCUGCUUUAUUGGACCUGUAGAUUACCCUGCUUUCCUCAUCCACUCACAGAUAUUGAUACCUCUCUAAGUGCACGCAGUUUUUAUGUGCUUAUGUUGAUUUUUUAUUUGAUACAAUACAGUACAGGGGCAGGCAAUGAGAAGACACAAAGCAAGUUUCCAUUAAAGGGAUAGUUCACAUUUUUUGAAGGUGGUAGUAUAGGCUACCUAUUCAUAGACAGUA